AUGCGACGUCGAGUAGCUUCUCAGGUGUGGACACUGUCGCGGAUCCAUCGCGUACUGAGACCACUUAGGACCAAAGUAGCUGCUUUGUCUGCCUCUCUUAAAAAGGAGAAGCGGAUCGGUCUUCCCCUGAAUACUACUGCACCGACACCAACACCAACCCGACGACCUCCUCUUCGACGAACCUAUCACAUACGCCACAAGCGGAAGAGAGCCUCCGAAAACUCCGAUGACGAAGCACAGUACAUUCCGGGCUCCGAAAAACCCCGGUCUACUAAACCAAAAUCACUAAAACCACCGAAACUGCCAAAGCCAGAGAGACGAUGGUCACCAGAGGUCCUCGAACGAAUGUCGGCCGUUGUCGAUGCUUUUCGGGUACUUGCCGAUGUAGUCUAUGACGAACAGGUGGAAACAGAAAGUGGAGAGGAAAAUCUGCUCAAGCUGCGGGAUCUCUGCGUCCGAGUCUUGGCUACGGAUAUCGAGCCCUCCGCAAUUGCUGCGGCAGGCCCUGCACAUGACGACAGCGACGACGAGGGAGAACUAGUGGAUUUGACUAAUGUUGUCGAUCAAAGAUUUGAAGAAAUUCCCGAGCACCUUCGUCGAGGAUCUAUCAUACCAUAUGCCCUGUCGAUGAUAAAACACCAUGUUGACAUAAUCACGCCUCUUCCCCAGCUCUGGAAUCAUUUGCUCGGAAUAUGCAUGUCUUCGUCGGCCUCACCCUCUCCACCAAACACGGCCGACAUUCUGCAAAUAUGCUCGAACUUGUUCUUUGCAGCACUCCACCAACCCCGCUCGGGAUCCCGUGGACUCGCAUUCCUAUAUCGCAACAUUGUUGGCUCGGAACAGGAUAAAAUCUCUUCUGAGAUCUUUUGUCAGGCUUUCCUGGAGGUUCUAAUAUCCGAGGAAGAUAACCUUGAAAACAACUACGAUAUCCCUCCCGAAUUUGGUGACCUGACCUUUCAACCAUUGUCUCGUGUCAACUUGAUUCAAUCCCCAAAUCGAACUCCUGCACGCCGUAGGGGUAUCAUACCACCAACUCCGCCAACGUACAACCCAUCUUCCGAUUCCGAUGAUCCCACAGGAACACUAUUCCCCAUCCGAUCCCUGCUCUCUCGAUCGGUGGGACAUUUGAUCGCAGAACUGAAUCCAACUGAACUACUUGGAUUUGUUGAGACUGCGGCGCAGGCCUUGCUACGCUGGGUGCGAAGCGAUCAAUAUGCAGCUCUCUCACGAGAGCGAAGAAACACUCUUCAACGCAAAGCCGACGAUGUGCGCUCAUUGGCGCCUCGAUUAUGCGCAAGGAUCGGGGAUUGGGUGACAAUGCUUCUGUCGGAUGUUUGGAGUCGUCCGAUCGGCCUGGGAGAGUUGGGAGCGGCUGCGUCGGCUCUGGGCCAGAUUGUGGAGCUCGCGCUUGACGAAACCUCUGUUGGCGUAGACGAUCCUCUUGGUCAUGUUCUUCAACGAUGGACCAAUAAAUGGGCGCAGCUCGACGUCGGCGAUCCGUUUUGCGCAUUAGCCUGCGUAUACUUUGCUAAAUAUCCAAAGGAAGCUUCACUGAGUGGUGAAAGCUCUAGACUUGCUACGUUGCUAUAUCGAUUACCUUUGACGGGCCGAAACUGCAAUAUUUUGGUUGGCACUUUGAGCGAGUUACAUGGGCCAAGUGGCUGGAGCACGGCGCGCCCACAACGACAUCCUUCCUUUAGUUUCCCCGAGCCAAUACCACAUGGCGCCACGCCCGAGAUUGACUCUCCAGAGUUUUUCUGCCCGCCCCCAACUUUCCUACAAGCCAUCCAAAUUUACGCUCGUGCCCUGGCCAAAGCCAAUUGCCCGCACCUAGAAACAACGCUGCUACAACUGAUCGUAAAUGAUUCUCCCUAUCUUGGCAAUGAAGUCGAGGAUAUGCUUGAAGAUGCUGAAACGAGAUGGGGCAAAAUUGGCUCGGACAAGGGCGACGGAGGAGAGGCAAGUUGGGAGUGGGCCCGUUCCAAGUGGCGAUGGGAUGAAAUCACAAAUACGUGGGUCGAUGCGAGCAAGCCUAUACCUUUUGUCGGAGGUGUCCCAGCACCGAUCCUGUCAAGACGACCCGCAUCGCAGAGGGCCAAACCACAGAGCAAGCCGAAGAAGACCAAGAGACCGGUGGAAGUUAUUACUGUUUCGUCUGAUACCGAACCUGCGUGCGAUGAUCUGGGGGUCGACUCGGAUGCUACAGCACCAGCAUGGGGCGAGGAGGAUGAUUAUUCCGAUGAUGAGUUCUCCGCGAUCCCAGCCCCCGAGUACACGAACCUUCACCAAAUACGCUCGCCGAUCAAGACCCGUCGUCAAUCCCUCGCACGACCACGACCACGACCCCAACCUCUGGAAAUUUCUUCGGAUAACGAGCGCCAGGAUCCCACGGACCAACGAAGGAAGAAUGCGUCCAGGCGCGCGCGUCCGAGUUUCGAUUGGGACUGGGACUCGGGAUCCGAGUCCGAAUCCGAUUCCAAUGCUGGAAGUGGCACCGAGUCCGGUUCUGAGGCUGGAGAAAGUGACUUUGAUUGGACUCGGUACAAUGGCAGAUAUCACCCUCACGACCGUUUACCUUCUCGGAAUUCGUCUGGGCCAGACAGACCCCGACGGUCUUUGAAUCGGACAUCCAACACCACUAUAGCUACUGGGAGCUCUUUCCGCCGCAAGGACUCUGACGAGGAAAACCGCUCGGACGUGUUUGGAACUGGACCAACCCGACCACCGAAUCGCGUGGUCUCCGCUCCUGCCGUAAAGCGACAACGUGUGGUGGUCGAAAUACCUGUUCUCAGCAAACGGUCCUUUAAUCGGUCGUUUUCCAUAGCCGGUUCGAAGCAACGUUCUAUACUUGGCGACCACAACGCACCUCGCCGGCACAGCACUUCCAGCAAACCCAAGAUGCAGUUCUACAUUUCGCCCCCGCCGCCACCUCCACCACCACCCAAACGAUCGGCGAGAACCGCACAGGAGAUCACGACCUCUACUUUGGAGAGACUCUGCAGCCAGUUCACCCAGCUUAGCUCAGACGACGACCGAGAUAUGGUUAUUGAUCUGGUUGAAGAUAGUCAAGACGAGACUGAAGAUACGAGCGUUGAACGACGGAUGGCGAUGCCUUCGUCGGAUGAUAUGAAUUUAUUCGAGGUCGUGACUCCUGCCUCGCGCAAAGUGCGACCUCGGUCAAGUUUCAGGAUAUAA